AAGGCGAAAUUACGGGCAAAUACAAUUUUAUAGCAGACAUUUUAUUUUUUAGUUGUAGUGAUAAAUAUUAAUUAUGAAUAUUGAUAGUGCUGCCGUAAGUAUUUUGAAACGAGGCGUUGAAUUAGAUACCAACAAAAGAUACACUGAAGCUCUUGUUUGUUAUCAAGAAGGUAUACAGAUUUUAGUUAAUAAGAUGAAAGGUGAAUGUAAUGACACAACAAAAAGUUAUUUAAGAAAAAAAGUUGAGGAGUACAUGAAUAGAGCAGAAGCAAUUAAAAAGUUAGUUUUAAAGCAAAAAGAAGCUGGCCAGUUUCAUGAACAAGUACACAUAGAAAAUAAUUCUACUGGUCACAGUUACAAGACCUUGUUCGGAAGGUUUCUCGAUGAGGAAAUCCAGUAUGUUAGUGUUGAAGAUCCAUAUAUAAGAAGUUUUCAUCAGAUUCAAAACUUUCUAAGGCUGUGUGAAUUGCUAGCUAGGUCAUGUAGUAAUCUGAGACACAUAGAACUAAUUACUACAAAAGAUGGAAAAUCAGAAGGAGAUCAACGGGAAUGGCUCCUUAAUCUUAAGAAUGAUUUAAUAAAAUACAAUAUAAAAUUGAUUGUAAAAUAUUCUGACACACUCCAUGAUAGGCAAAUUACAUUGAGCUCUGGAUGGAUAAUUAAAAUUGGAAGAGGACUAGAUUUUUUUAAAGCGCCCGAAAAUAAGUUCUGCCUCGGUGUGUUUGAUUUGGAUUUGAGGCCGUGUCACGAGACCACAGUUGACAUAGUUCAUUCGAAAAAUGUUAAGCAAUCAUAUGGAUGAAAUGUUGUAAUUAUUGCUGUUGUUGUAAAUUACCCUUGUGGUAUUCUUGACAAUGUAAAUAAUAACGAUUGAAAUAUUAAAAAAAGAAUAAGAAUAC